AUGAGUUCCAGCUCCGAAUACUCAUACGAUGACGAGGCCCAAUUCUUCCCGUUCUUCAUUCUGACGCUGACGGGCCUCGUCACUCUCCCCCUGACCUACAGUUUGCUUCGGGCCAACACCGACGACGCGCACCUCGCCCCUCGAAUCAAGUCCAACUACAAGACGAAGCAUGGCGGCGUGGUGGAGAGUCUGCGGGCAACCCAGCAGCGGAAGCAGCGCAAAAUCAAGCGAACCAUUUUCUCGCUCGCCGGCUGGGGCCUCAUGGGUUUCAUGGCCUACCUGAUCAUGACAACGGAGCCCGUCGUGGCCAAGAUCUGGAACCCCUACGACAUUUUGGGCAUUUCCGAGUCCUAUACGGAAAAGCAAAUUAAGUCGCACUACAAGCGUCUUUCCGUGAAAUUCCACCCCGACAAAGUCCGACCAGAUGCGUCCAAGAACGAAACUGUCGAGUCCCUUAACGACUACUACGUCGGACUGACCAAGGCCUACCAAGCCCUGACGGACGAAGACGUGCGCAACAAUUACAUCCAGUACGGUCACCCCGAUGGCAAGCAGAGUUUCAGCAUCGGUAUUGCCCUGCCCAAAUUCAUCAUCUCCGACGGCAAUGGAAAGUAUCUUGUCCUUCUCUAUACCGGGCUUCUCGGCGUCCUCCUGCCGUACCUCGUCGGAUCCUGGUGGUACGGCACCAAGAAGCGUUCCAAGGAGGGUGUCCUCAUGGAGAGCGCCAACAACCUGUUCCGGCACUACGAUGAGUUCAUGGACGAGGCUGGCAUCAUCACCGCCCUCAGCGCUGGCAAGGAAUUCGAAAGCAUCCUCAAGGGCGACCAGGCUGAGUCUGGCUUGUCCAAGAUUGAGUCGCGCAUCACUGCCGAGGGCGUCGCUUCGCUCUUCGCCGCCGGUCUCUCCGUCAAGGACAAGGAAAAGCUCGAAGACCUCGAGAGCGGCGUGCGCCGAAAGGUCCUCGCCUUGCUAUGGGCGUACCUGGGGCGUGUUGAGCUCGACGAUGCCGCCCUCACCAGGGCCAAGUAUGACAUCGCCCCCAUCGCCCGAAUGUUGAACCAGUCGUUUGCUGCCAUUGCCCUCGCCUACGGAAACAUCGGUCCCAUCGCCGGCUCGUUCUACGCCAACCAGCAUCUCAUCCAGGCCAUUUCUCCCAAGUCCUCUCCUCUUCUCCAGCUUCCCCACUUCACGCCCAGCAUCGCCAUGGCCGUUGAGGGUGGCUCCAAGACGCACAUGACCCUGCAGCAAUACCUUGAUCUUCCUGACGCCCAGCGCCGAAAGCUAGCGGUUGGCAAGAAUCUUUUGAGCGAAGCGCAGUACGUCGAGAGCGUCGAAGUCGGCAAGCAGCUUCCCUACCUCCGUGUCGCGAAGGCCUUCUUCAAGGUUACCGGCGAGCGGGUCAUCAUCCCCUCAUCUCUCGUCACCCUCGUCAUCAAGGGUCGCUUCAUCCCCCCCGGCACCGAGCGCGUCCCGGCCGUCAAGGAUGCUGACCUGGAAGAUGUUGAUCCCGAUGAAGACGAUCUGGAAGCUUUGAUGGGCCGCAAGAAGAAGACCAUCAAGGGCGCCGAUGGCAAGCCAAUAUCCGUAGAGGAGCAGUCUAUCCUGCCGCCCCUGACCUUUGCGCCACACUACGCCCGCGAGCACACCCCUAAGUGGUACGCCUUCCUGAGCGAUUCGAAGCAGGGAAAGAUGGCGGUCCCACCCUUCACCUUUGACCGCUUCGACCAGCCCAUCUUCGACGACAAGGGCAAGCCAACCUUCAACAUGCAGACGCUCAAGGCGCAGUUUGCGGCGCCCCCACAGGCCGGCCACUACACCUUUGUCAUGCACGUCGUCUGCGACUCGUACGUUGGCUUUGACACAAAAAUGGAGGUCACGCUCGUGGUGGAGGAGACGGCAAAGGCCGCGCAGAUGGCUGGCGACGACGACAUCAGCGAACCAGACGAGGACUCGAUCGCAGGCCAGAUGCACGCCCUCAAGACUGGUCAAGCACCACAGUCCAAGAGGCAAAAAGACGACGACGAUUCCGAGGACGAGAGCGGCACGGAGGAGGAGGCCGAUGACACGAGUGAUACGAACACGGACACCGAGGACGAGUCAUAG